AUGGCAGCGACCACAACCAUCAAGGUUCCACAUCUCGGUGGCAUCGACGCUGGAUAUCGACUCUCUAACGGAGCCGUCGAUGCCGCCAAGCCCACAGUUGUGCUCAUCAAUUCCAUGUGCACCACGUGCGCUCUUUACAAUGUUCAGUUCGAAAACAAGAAACUGACGGAUGCCGUCAAUCUACUUGCCAUUGAGCCCCUCGGCCAUGGCGCAACACGCUCUGCCUCAGAGCAGUUCACGUACUGGGACACGGCCGUCAUGGCCCUCCAGGUCAUGGAUGCUCUUAAUGCUAGGAAAGUAUUCGCCGUCGGAACAAGUCAGGGCGGAUGGGUGGUCGUUCGGAUGGCACUCCUGGCUCCAAGUAGAAUCCUCGGGCUUCUUCCCCUCGGCACCUCGAUGGACUCGGAAUCAGCUGCAUCGCGAGAGAAAGGAUGCUGGGACCCCCAUGCCCAGCUUCUUCCCUUCUAUAACAGCUGGUGCAGCGCCACGCCGACCCCUGACUUUGUUGUGGAUGAAACUUGGCGUGGCAUGGUUGCGCGGCUGGGCUUCUCGGGAAUUGUUGCGUCAGAAACGUUGUCGUUCUGGGAUGAGACUUUGAAAAACGUCUACUCAGGAGACGAAGGCCGCAGGAAGUUGCGCAUGGCCUUGGCGUGCCUGAUGGAAAGAGAUGGCUUGCUCCUCAGGCUGAGAGACGUCAAGUGCCCCGUUUACUGGCUUCAAGGUGCCGAGGAUCCGGUGUUUGGUAACGUCGUGCCCAAGGAGCAUAUUAAACUGUUUACGAAUGCACCAGAGGCGACCUUGACUUUUAUUGAGGGUGGAGGCCACUACUUGAAUGCCACCAGUCCCAAGGAAUUUGAUGAAGCAUUAUUGAAGAUGGUUAAGAAAUAUUCUUAG